AUGGGUCAAACUUGUAAUGGAUGUUAGUGUUAACAUCGUUCCAAUGAAUGCAUUUAAGAGAUUAAUGUUAAAAAGAAACCUAAGAAAAAAGUAGAAAAAUAAGAGAAGCCUGAUAAAUAGGAACAUAGACCCAAUAAUGAAGAAAAAUAAAUUGAAAAAUGUUAACAAAAAAACAAGAAAAUUACAUAAGGAGAAGCAGCAAUUAAAAUACAAAGGAAUUGGAAAAAGCAUAGAAAAUCAAAAGAAAUUAGAGUUGAAAAAGCUGGAGCACAUUUAAAGUAGUAAUACUUUCAAGAAGAGACUGCUAAUGCAUAACCUCCCCCUGAUCCUAAUAGAGUGAAGAGUCCACCUUAUAAGUAUGAGAUCAUAUAAUAUUUAGAUUCCAUUCUGGAGCAAUAUAUGAAGGAGAAUGGAAAGAUAAAAAAAGAGAUGGAUUUGGUAUUCAAAAAUGGACAGAUGGAGCAAGAUAUGAGGGAUAAUGGGUUGAAAAUAAAGCAUGUGGAUAGGGAAAGUUUUUUCAUGCAGAUGGAGAUCUUUUUGAAGGAGAAUGGAAAGAUGAUAAAGCUAAUGGUUGGGGAAUCUAUAGUCAUUUUAAUGGAGCUAGGUAUGAAGGAGAAUGGAAGGAUGAUUUGUAACAUGGAAAGGGAACAGAGACUUGUAUAAUAAUUGUAUUUUAUAUAAGGGUAAGAUAAAUCAAAAUAUUGUGGCGAUUACGUUAAUGGAAAGAAGCAUGGUAAAGGGAGAUAUGAUUGGGCAGAUGGAUCUUAUUAUGAUGGAGAAUGGAGAGAUAAUAAAAUUAAUGGUUUUGGCACAUAUAAAUGGGCUGAUGGAAGAGGUUAUACUGGACAAUGGUUAGAUAAUAAUAUGAAUGGAGUAGGAGUAUAUUAAUGGAAGGAUGGUAGAAAAUAUGAUGGUUAAUAUUUGAAUGAUAAAAAACAUGGUUAAGGUACAUAUUAUUGGGCAGAUGGUAGAAAAUAUGAAGGAGGAUGGAAAAAUGGUAAAUAACAUGGUACUUCUAAAUACUAUUUAAAUGAUGGAACAAUCAAGAUAGGAAUUUGGGAGGAUGGUAAAAGACUUAAAUGGUUAGAGGAUGCAUGA